AGGUGUGCAUGUGUGUGUGUGCGCGCGCGCAGGGAAAGUGUGUAUAUAAGUGCAUUUGUGUGUGUGUGUGUGUGCGCGCGCGCGCGCGCGCGUGAGUGCGUGCACGCUGCGCGCGACUUGGCCCCGCUGUCUGUGUGCGCACACGCGAGAGGGUAGUUUAGAGGAGGGGUGUGUUUAUGGGAAAUAGAGAUUUUUGUGUGUGUGUGUUUACACAGACGGGAAUACUGCGCCAGAGGAAGUGCGCCCGUUCUCCGUCUGCGCGUCCCGACUUCCUGCUCUGAGGCAGGAGAGAGAGAAAAGGUGCGGAUCCGCUUUCAGACAGCGGGGCAGCAGCAGCAGCAGCAGCAGCAGCGGCAUGGAGCCCCAAGACAACACACACUCGCCGAUUUAAGACAGACACAAAGGCACGCAUCAAGACGCACAGCCAGGCGGACAGAGGAGUAGCGGCCGUCCACAGCCGGAUUGCCUGUGUUUCUGGUGUCAUGGAGAGCUCCAUCACACUGUGGCAGUUCCUGCUGCAGCUGCUGCUCGACCAGAGCCACAAACAUCUCAUCUGCUGGACGUCCAACGAUGGCGAGUUCAAACUGCUCAAGUCGGAGGAAGUGGCCAAGCUGUGGGGGCUGCGCAAGAACAAGACCAACAUGAACUAUGACAAGCUAAGCAGGGCGCUGCGCUACUACUACGACAAAAACAUCAUCAAGAAAGUGAUCGGCCAAAAGUUUGUCUACAAGUUUGUGUCGUUCCCUGACAUUCUGAAGAUGGAUCCGGCCUUGGUGGAGGCUGGUCGGGGCAGCGAGGAAAUCGGUGGGGUGACAUCAGAGCCGGAGGCUGAGGACGAGGACGGGGUGGAGAGAAGCCAGUACCUCCACUCCGGCCUGUACUCCACAUUCUCCAUCAGCUCAAUGCGGCACUCUUUAGAACGACACCGACCCGUCAAAACGGAGCCCAGGUCAGAUCACCACGACGACAGCUCCUCCGUCAUCCGGUUCGUAGCCAACCGCCAGUCCUCGGUGCCCACGACCCCUCCCCCAUCCUCGGCCGAGAGCUCCCACUCCUCGAGGCUAUCUCCCCAGCUGGCCUGCCCCUCCUCCUGCUCCUCGUCCCCGCCACAAAGCCCCGCCCACUCCGUGCUGAGGGGGCGUGCCCAGAGCACAGAAACUGAUGAGUCAGAGCCCAACGCUCAACCUCUAAACCUGUCGUCUGGUCAGAGGGAGAGGUUGCAGAGCGGGACCACGCCGGAGAGGAGGGGGCUGGCCAACAGCAAGCCUCUGAAAGGCAGAAAACCCAAAGGAUUGGAAAUCUCCGCCUCCUCUCUCCUCCUGACAGGAAGUGACCUCGUCUCGAUUGCCCUCAACAGCCCGGCACUUCCCUCUGGCUCAAUGACCCCGGCCUUCCUUACUGCACAGACUCCGUCUGGUCUGCUGCUCGCUCGCAGCCCUCUGCUCUCCAAUAUCCAUUUCUGGCCCAGCCUGAGUCCGGUGGGACCCCUGAGCCCCGCCCAUCUGCAGAGCCACGCCCCCCUCUUCCAGUUUCCCACUCUGCUGAAUGGAUCCUUCCACGUGCCUUUACCCAGCGUGGACGCUCCCUCCCCUCUGCUGCUCUCCCCCAGCUCCCACAAGUCCUGAUGCCUUCCUGAACUCCUCAAACGAACCGGGCUAAAAGCUGUGACCAGACCAGCACCUAUCAGGAGCAAUCCGAAAAUCAUUGAACUCUAAUGAUGAACCACGCAGGACUUCGACUUCCUCUGAGUCCAGUUAGACUUUGAUCUGAGACCUGAGAAGAAACAGGAGCUUGACUCUGAAGCUUUCCUCUCUGAGAAGAGUAUUAGCAUUAGACAUUUCUUUGAUUGUUUAUGGUGUUUGAUUUUUUGUUUUUUAUUUUUUUUUUUUUGCUGGAUAAAAACCUCAGAAUUCCUGGAGGUCAGACCUGACCACGCUUCUCAUCUCUUUAUAUAACCCAUCUCAUUCCUGUGUCUCCAGUUCAGUGAUACAGACUGAUUUUUUUUGUCUUUCUUGUUUUUAGUGAAUGCUAUUGUCAUUUUUAUUUUCAGUAUUCACACCUCCGGCUCAAGCAAAUGAGAUCUGAGGAAAUCUUUGUCAGAUUUGAAGAAAUAACAACCUCACUGAGCCAGAAAGCUGUACAAGUGUAAUCCAGUAUGGCACAACAAUAGAUCCGAAUCGCCUUCUUGAAGUAAAUGUUACGUUUGUGCUAUGAUACAAUUAACUUGUAUCAUUUUACAAUUAACCCUCUUACCAAGGGUUAGUGGUACAUGAGAAAAUUGUUAGCACUCUCAUCAAAGUGCGAUACGUACAGAAUGAAGCGACAGCCAGGAGACGGUAAGAUUAUGUCGGCAUAAUCGAAUCAUUAGUACACUAUAUAGGUGCAGAUUUCUCUGCCUUUGGAGAGGAGUCUUAGCUUAGCUUCAAUCUUUAUGCUAAGCUAGCUCUAGCUUCCCUAUUUAAUGCACAGUAAUUUUAGUGUUAUUCAUCUUCUCCCCUCAAUCUCGGCAAGAAGGGAAACAGUGUUCAGAGUGUUCCAAAAUCUCAAAGAAUUUACCAAAGGUGGUUGGUGGGGAUGGUGAUGAGCUCGCGGUUACGAGUCAGAGGGGCGUGUACACAAAACGCUAUAAAAGUCGUGAACACAUUCCUCCUAAUGGCGCUCAGAUGAAGUGUGUGACCACGCCGUCGUCCUGCCCACCACCACAUAAAGCCGGUCCAAAACGCUGAAGCAUUAUCAGUUCCCAAAGGAACCAAGUUUCCGCCAGAAAUAAUUUGUAGCUGUGGGACUUGGUCUGGCUUCCACUUUCAGGGCGAGGGUUAAUUCGGGCCGCCCUCGUGAUCCCACUCGAACGCACCAACAGAAAGUUAAGGAUAAUUUUACAGAUUUUCUUCUUGUGCAAAUCCUUACUUUUUUGAAUGACCAAAUUUUCCAAAUGCGCACAACUUUGGACGUCGACGGUCUCAGGAUUAUUGUUGCAUUUUUUUUGUUUAAAUCAGUGAAUAUUUGUCUAUAUCUGCAUUCUGUGAGCCGGACACUUGAGAUGAAACCUUUACUGACUCCUAGCAGAGCACCUGCUAGCCAGAGCUCUAAAACUAUGUGGAAGUCUCUUUCAUGUAUUUUUUUUUUUUUUUUUUUUGAUGCACUGUACUUUUAAGCCUUGUACCAGCUGUGCCUUCUAACGUGAGGUUUAUGUAAAUGUGUUGAGCUUUAUUAGACAUUCCAGGUCAAAGUUGCACAAAAGGUUCUUUCUUUUUUGUAAAAUUACUCCUGUUUUUCCUAUUUUUUAUAUAGAGAGCAAGCGUGCUCACAGUGCUUUGCGUUUUUUUCCCAAGUGAAUACAUUUGACUUUUUUUUUUUAAAUAAAAUGAAUGUAUUUUCUGAAUUACUAUA